AUGAUGCUAAAAAGAAAAAACAGAAGAUUUAGCAUUAUGGCAUGCGGAUACAAAGGUUCAGGGAAAUCUUCAUUUUUCAAUACACUUUUCAAUAAUAUAAUCGUGCCAGUUCAAAACAGUACAGACAUAAAUCUCUAUAUGUUGAAUGUUGAUUGUGAAGGAGUUACGCAGAAAAUAAGUCUUAUUGAUACACCAGGAUUUGGUUCAGAAAUAUGUGACACAGAUUUACAAAAUAACAUUGUAAAUUUCAUAAAAGUACAAUUUGAUAAUUUUAUUGAUGAAGAAUCUAAAAUAAGAAGAAAUCCAUCCUAUGAAGAUCCUAGAAUUCAUUGUAUGUUAUAUUUUAUACCUUCAACUUGUAAAGGCUUAAAAGAAAAUGAUAUACAAUUUCUAAAAAGAGUACAUCAUCUUGUAAAUGUAAUACCAGUAAUAAGUAAAGCAGAUGGACUUAUUGAAGCAGAAAAGACAAAAUUAAAAUGCCUUAUUAAUGAACAAUUACAAAAUAAUGAAAUUAAAGUUUUUGAUUUUGAGCAUUCUGACUACUACGAGAAAAUCGAUUCACAAGAAAGCAUAAACAAAUACAUGCCAUUUACUAUUAUAUCGAGUGAUAUGGCUGAUGGUGUAACAAGAGAAAGAAGAUUUAGUUGGGGAACGGUAGAGGUAGAUAAUGCAGAACAUUGUGAUUUUGCUAUAUUAAAAGAAAUAUUGUUAGGAACACAUCUUAAUAUUUUGAUUGACUACACAGGUAGUGAAUUAUAUGAAACAUACAGGGCUGGAGUUUUAGAAAAUAAAAUAUCUGCACAAUAA